CUCAUCUCACAACGCACCUAUCUCCUUCAGCUCCUGCCCUCCAUGGCCCAUGCUUGGGCCUUCUUCCUCCUUGCCCUCUUUUCCUUCUCCUCCUGUGUGUCCAAGCUCUUCAUCUGCAGCAGGAAUGGCGAGGGAUCCUUCCUCUGUACACGGUCUCAGGAAGUCCCCUCCAUUGCCAGCAAGAGGUACAGGACUGCCUACCACUUCCAGUCUCCCAAGAACUGGAUCAAUGAUCCAUGUGGACCCAUGUACUACAAUGGCAUCUACCAUGAAUUCUACCAGUAUAACCCCGGUGGUACCAUCGCGGAUAACAUAGUUUGGGGCCAUUCAGUUUCAACCGACCUCGUCAACUGGAUCCAGCUUGAACCCGCAAUAGUACGGGAUACCCCAUAUGACAUAGAUGGUUGCUGGACCGGCUCAAUCACAAUUCUACCUGGUGAUCAGCCUGUCAUCAUAUACACCGGUCGUGACUCGAAGGAUCAUCAGAGCCAAAACAUUGUGCUCCCCAAAAAUCGAUCUGACCCAUACCUGAGGGAAUGGGCCAAAGCUGACAAUAACCCGAGGAUCCUACCAGUCGGACCAGACUUGAACUCGACCCAGUUCAGGGAUCCGACAACCGGUUGGAUCGGACCGGAUGGACUAUGGAGAAUAGCAAUUGGUGCUGAGCUGAAUGGUUACGGUGCCGCACUGUUGUACAAGAGUGAAGACUUUCUGAAUUGGACUAGAGUUGAUCACCCACUGUAUUCAGACAAUGCUCCCUCAAUGUGGGAGUGCCCAGAUUUCUUCGCGGUAUUGCCAGGCAAUAACAGUGGACUGGACCUGUCUGCGGCGAUCCCGAAAGACGCCAAACAUGUCCUGAAGAUGAGCGUGGAUUACUCUGACAAGUACAUGAUUGGGAUUUAUGAUCUCAAACGUGAUGCCUUUGUUCCGGAUGUUGUCCUAGAUGACCGUCGGCUGUGGUUGAGGAUCGAUUACGGCACUUUCUAUGCUUCAAAAUCCUUCUUCGACUCGAAAAAAGACAGGAGGAUCAUAUGGGGAUGGUCCAACGAGACAGAUAGUGUUCCAGAUGAUAAGGCAAAAGGAUGGGCAGGUAUCCAUGCAAUCCCCAGGACAAUUUGGUUAGACAGCGAUGGCAAACAGUUGCUGCAAUGGCCGAUUGAUGAGAUUGAGUCCCUUCGAAGAGAUGAAAUCAACCAUCAAGGACUAGAGCUGAAGAACGGAGACCUAUUUGAGAUUAAGGGAAUUGACACUUUGCAGGCUGAUGUUGAAGUAGAUUUUGAGCUGACGUCCAUCGACAGCGCCGAUCCUUUUGAUCCUUCCUGGCUUUUGGAUGUCGAGAGGCAUUGCCGGGAAGCAGGUGCAUCGGUUCAAGGUGGCAUAGGGCCAUUUGGACUUGUUGUCCUGGCCUCUGACAACAUGGAGGAGCACAUUGCUGUGCACUUCAGAGUUUACAAAUCACAGAAAAGCCACAUGAUCCUCAUGUGCUCUGAUCUAAGAAGGUCUUCUCUGAGAUCAGGACUGUACACACCAGCCUAUGGAGGCUUCUUUGAAUUUGACCUUGAAAAGGAAAGGAAGAUAUCUCUCAGAACUCUGAUUGACCGGUCGGCGGUGGAGAGCUUUGGUGGCGGUGGUAGGGUCUGCAUAACAGCCAGGAUUUAUCCAGUGGCACUUGUCGAUGGCAGGGUCCACAUGUAUGCCUUCAACAAUGGAAGUACCACGGUCAGGGUGCCACAACUCAGGGCAUGGAGCAUGAUGACAGCACAAGUGAAUGUGAAUAAGGGUUGAAGUGAUGGUUAACACAGAAGAGCAGUUUCAUUUUCUUAAUUAGCGUACUCUCAUUCAGGAGCACUCCUUGGUACAAUUGAAAGGAAAUUCGACACGAAGUAGUAGGUCAUUUCUCGAUCUCAAGUAUUAAUACAUUAUUUGGUAGAAACGAAGGAGGUAGUAAUAACAUCUAGUGACUCAGAGUACUUCAAAUAAUA